AUGACACCCCCCAACACCCCGCCCGUGAUCCUCUACCACUACCCCUACUCGCCCUAUGCCCGGCGCGUGGUGUGGUAUCUUCGGCUACGCGGGAUUUCCUACAUGCAGUGUCUCCAACCCCCUACGCUCCCCCGCCCCGAUCUCUCCACCCACCUGGCCCUCGCCUACCGCCGCAUCCCCCUCCUCGCCAUCGGCCGCGACCUGUACCUCGACACGCGCCUGAUCCUGCGCAAGCUGGAGGCCUUGUGGCCGGGGUCUCCGACGUCUCAAGAGACACCACCUUCACUCCCAAACACCGGCCACGGACAACCUCUCGGCGCACCCCCCGGAACAGACGCCCUAGCCCUGCAGCGCCUUCUCUCCGUCCUGACGACGUCUACUGACCUCUUCUUCCGCGCUGCUGCGUUGUUGCCUGCUGAGACGCUGCCGCUGCUGCGGGACCCAAAGUUUCAGCGGGAUCGGCGGGAUUUUUUUGGUGGUGGUGGUGGUAGUGGUAGUAGUACCGAUGGACAGGACGCUAGGGGGGUUGUUAUGGAUGAUUCCUCCUCAUCACCGUCAACAGGAAAAGAAGAGGACCAGACAAAAACCCUCGAAGCAGCAGCCACAAAAGCCGAAGCCCUCCGCGAAAUCCACAACACCAUGUCUUUCCUCGAGGACACGUUACUCGCCGACGGACGGCCGUGGAUUCUCUCCUCCCCUCCAGCCCACCCCACACUAGCAGACAUAGAAGCAAUCUGGAUCAUCCACUGGCUUCUCGGCCUGCCCGGCGCGCUAUACGACCCAACUUAUAUCCACCGCGGUCGGUUUCCCCGCGUGUAUGUAUGGGUCGACCGGUUCCAGGCUGCUGUGACUCGGGCGAAGGAGAAUGUGAUUGUGCGGGAUAUUAGUGGGGAGGAGGCGGGGGGGUUUUUGAAGGGGCAGGCUUCGUACUUUGAACCCGAACCCACCAUCGACGAAACAGACCCCCUCGUCAAGGUCUACCGUCUUCAAAGGGGUACUCCCAUCGAGGUAUGGCCGACUGAUUCUGGUGUGCGGCAUCGUGAUCACGGUCGGCUGGUGGGGAUUGGAUCGGAGGAGGUGGUUUGGGAGACUGAGGCGGGUGUGAGGGUGCAUGCGCCGCGGCAUGGGUUUCGUGUUGGGUUGUGGCGGGAGGCGAGUUUGUAA